AAACACUAAAAUAAAUUGGAUGGUAGACGGGGUGAAUCAAUAUCUCGUUUUUAAUAUCUACAUCCUUUUCGGAUAUUCAUCUGGGGCAAUUGGCUUCUGAGGCAUUACGAGUGUGGUCCAGUCCUCUUCCAGUGGCUUAUCUGGAGUAUGCUAGCAUACGUGACAAUUAAUUCCCACUAUGGGGCUUUUGGAUAUCUUCAUAGCAGCAGCAACGCCAGUUUUGAAGGUACUCCUGGUUACCGCUCUCGGUUCUGUUCUUGCACUGGAACGAAUAAAUAUACUGGGGGAAGAAGCACGAAAGCAUUUGAACAAGAUAGUAUAUUUUGUGUUUAAUCCUGCUCUUGUAGCUAGCUACCUGGUGGAAACGAUCACACUGGAGAGUCUAGUGACGCUGUGGUUUAUGCCGGUGAAUAUUCUUCUUACAUUUAUAAUUGGCUCUAUACUGGCGCUGGUGCUAAACAAGGUUGCAAGAACUCCUCAGAAUUUACAGGGACUUGUUAUCGGUUGCUGUGCUGCAGGAAAUCAAGGGAAUCUGUUUUUGAUUAUCAUCCCCGCUGUCUGUGAUGAAUCCAAUGGUCCAUUUGGAGAUCCAUUCAUCUGCAAUAAACAUGGCAAUGCUUAUGCUUCACUUUCUAUGGCGAUGUCAGUCGUCUAUAUUUGGUCCUAUGUAUAUAUUAUCAUGCGUAUAUCUCUAAGAAAGAGCGAUGGACAACAUGGAAGCAAUGCGGUGGUCAGCUUUGAGUCUUCUGGAGAAUCUUCAGAGGCCUUUAUCAAGAGUUCGAAGACUGAUCCACUACUUCAUUCGGUUAGCUGCAACGAAAGCUCUGCUCAGUUUGCAUCAACUUGUAGGGUAUUGGAGGGAAAGGUUCCAAUUCUUCACGAAGUUAGGAGGGGCUUUAAGAUUUUGACCCAUGAAAUUAAUCUGAAGAUGCUGUUUGCCCCAACUACGAUUGCAGCGAUUGUUGGAUUCAUGGUUGGAAUAGUCUCCCCAAUCCGGAAAGCUCUGGUCGGUGAGAGAGCUCCUCUCCAUGUGAUUGAGAGUUCAACAUAUUUAGUAGGUGGGGCUUGUGUCCCAGCUGCGACUAUGAUUGUUGGAGCUAACCUCAUUAAAGGUUUGAAAAGAUCAGGAGUCGGCACAUGGAUUGUUGUGGGGAUUAUAUUCAUUCGCUGUGUUGCCUUGCCUCUUAUUGGCAUUGGAGUGGUUAAGGCUGCCCACCAUCUCGGACUCGUCGGAUCAGAUCGCUUGUAUCAGUUUGUUCUCAUGCUCCAGUUUGCCGUCCCACCAGCUGUUUCCAUCAGCACAAUCACUCAGUUGUUCGAGGCAGGUCAGAGCGAAUGUUCCAUCGUCAUGCUGUGGAGCUAUGCCGUGUCGGCUUUCUCGCUAACGCUUUGGUCGGCUUUCUUCAUGUGGCUCGUGGCCUGAGUAAAUUACGCCUCGACUCUCUCUUUAAUUAAUAUAUGUAUUUCACCUUUUGCCUCAAAGGUUGAGAAGCCCAAAUUAUGUUGUACGGAUAAUGUGAAAAUCAUUUUUUUAAAUA